CUGACCUCAUCAUCAAGAUCGAUACGCUCAUCGAAUUUCAAUUUCCACCAAAGAUAUAAACCACAACCAUUCCCCCGCUCUGAAAAACACAGCGGCCCAUGAAUGUUGUGUGCUAGGUUCGCACGCGUCUCGCUCUCCCCCAUUUCACGACGAGCCAUGGCGCCUUCAGGCAACGCCUACCAGGCGCAUCACGGCUCCGCCUCGGCUGCCGCCGUAUUGCGAGCCAAUGGGAAACAGCAGCACCACCAGCAGCAGCGCAGUUACACACCGACCGCCAUGAACCGCUGGUCUGUUCUCAACAAGACACUACCACCCGUCGAAGCAAUCAGCGCGAUUCACGUCUACGACUUUGACAACACCUUAUUCAAGACCCCCUUGCCUAAUCCGAAGCUGUGGAACGGGCCAACGAUUGGCCUCCUGGCGAACCCCGACCUGCUCAACGGCGGCUGGUGGCACGAUAGCCGAAUCCUUGCUGCAACCGGCAAUGGUAUACUCAAGGAGGAGCCUCGUGGCUGGGAGGGCUGGUGGAAUGAAAAGGUUAUCGAGCUGGUCCAGCUCAGCAUGAAGCAAAAGGACGCGCUCACGGUGUUGCUCACCGGCCGCUCCGAGUCUGGCUUUGCCGAUCUGGUCAAGCGCAUGGUCGCCAGCAGGGGGCUCGAAUUCGACAUGGUCUCGCUCAAGCCGGCCGUCGGCCCAGACGGCCAGCGCUUCGCCAGCACCAUGAUCUUCAAACAGGUCUACCUCGAGACCCUGAUGGAGACGUACAGGAACGCCAAGGAGAUUCGCGUCUAUGAGGAUCGGCCCAAGCACGUCAAGGGGUUCCGCGACUUCAUGACCGACUACAACGUGCGGCUCAACGACAUGGCGGCCGCUGCGAACCAGGGAGGUCCUGCGCCAAACAGACAACCUAUCACGGCCGAGGUCAUCCAUGUCGCCGAGCUGGGCACGAAUUUGGACCCCGUCAUCGAGGUGGCAGAGGUUCAACACUUGAUCAACACACACAAUGCCCAGGUAGCCUCAAGGCAAGGCGACCAAAGGCGCGACAAACUCAUGAUCAAGAAGACAGUGUUUUAUACUGGAUACCUGAUAAAACCCGAGGACACCUCCCGGCUCCUGACUCUCGUCGCACCCCAGCUCCCGCGGGCGUCAGAGUCGGAACUCAAGGUUCACGCCAACAACAUCAUGAUUUGCCCCCGCCCCUGUCCGCAUAGCAUCCUGGAAAAGGUUGGCGGCAUGGGCAGCAAGAUGAAGUGGGAGGUGGUUGGGCUCGGGUGCUUCGAGAAUAACGUCUGGGCGGCCAGCGUGCGGCCUGUACCAAUCACUGCAAAGUACCACACCGACAACAAGACGCCGCACAUUGUGCUCGCACUGAGGAAGGGUGCUAGACCCAUCGACGCCAGCAAGAUCCAAAACUGGCAACCUCUGCCGCCGGAUCAGGCCUUCAUCUUCGAGACGACGGUAGGCGAGAAGAUCCUCUUCCGCAUCGAGGCCGAGGACCCCAGCGAGGGCGAGUACGAGAGUCUAUUCGCCAACAAGGCAUCUAAGAGGAAGCACACAGCCGACGAUGAGGCGCCCUCUUACUCUCGCGGUGGUGGCAACUUCCAGAACGGCAAGCGCAAUUUCCACAGCCAAGCCGGCCACUCCAGGGGCGGAGGUGGCCGCGGUAACGGGAACGGUAACGGCAAUGGUGGUUUCCGUGGUAAUUCUGGCAGGGGUAACCGCGGAAACUCGCGUGGCGGCGGCUUCCGAGCCGGCGGUGGCCGGGGCGGAGGUGGCGGGAGGGGCGGGAAGCACUCGUACCACUCGCUCGACGACCCGGGAAAGCGCGACAAUAGUGGUGGUGGUAUGUCGUACGAGGAUAGCAGUCAUGCGGCUCCGUCACAGCAGCAGCAGACGCAACCAACGCAGCAACCAUAUACACACUACCAGCCGCCCCAGCAGAUGGUGCCGCCGCCGCCGCCGUUGGUCCCCAGUGCUGCUUACUACCCGCAGGUGCCUCAAGCGCCGCCAGUCUGGCAACCACCAGCAGGUCAAGGCUACGGGGCGCCUGACAUGGGAAGUCAUUACUGAUAGUGUGAUGUCGGAUUUGAGUUUUGACCAAAAUCACUGGCAGAGCGUAGGUUGUAUUUUUAGUUGGGGAUCGUCGUUGUUUUUCUGUCUUUUGUUAUGUCAAUAUGUGGGCGGUGAAUACUUCAGCAUUGUCUUUUAAUACCAGGUAUCUUUUUUCUUUUUUUUCCCUUUUUUUUCCUUUCAGAUAUCAUGGAAUACCCCCGCUUGUUUACUUAGCAUACUUUUGUUCCAAAACUGAAAAGGCCACCUGCUUGCGGCAAGUCGCGAUCGUCAUCUCAUAGAUUUCAGGCGUACAGGGAGUCAUGGUGGGGUUGUAUUCAGAAGGGGCGUCCAGACGAUGAUGGCUGUGAUAUCGACUCGAAAUUAUACGAAACUAAACAAUAUCAAGUACGAUGAUUAUUGAUAUAAGAAUCGGUUGCAUUCCGGCGCUGAGGCAACUAUAAGGAAUCGAAUUUUGUUUGACUCGAUGGCCUCUUGCACAUAUACAUAGAUCAAGGGUACCUGCGAGCCCAACAGUGACUACCAACAGAAUUACUGAGAUUCAGUAUUGC